UGCUCAAAGAUUCGGGAGACGCCUCGGUCAAUCCCAGUGAGUCUUCUGCAUCCGACCAACCUAAUUAAGACUUUGAUGGGCGCACCUACUGUUAUACGGAUGCGAAGAGAACCAAAUUCGGCAAAGCUGAACCCACAAGUCCAGAACCUGAAAAAGAACCCGACGUCCCCGAUAUUAAGAAGGUUGAUGAAGUCCCAGCUGAAGCCAAGAAGCCGAAAUGGUUCCAAGAGGACGAAAACAAGACCACCAAAGUGUAUGUUUGUGGUCUACUCGAGGAUAUGACUGAAGAGGGCUUUGUAAAGUCCAUGUCCAAAUGCACCAUGACCGAGAUUGAUGUGCGGUCAAACAAGCCCAAAGUGAAAUUAUACCUAGAUAAGACCACUGGCAAGCCUAAAGGCGAUGCCUUGUGUACCUAUGUCAAACAGGAAUCAGUUCAUUUGGCCUUGCAAAUCCUGGACGGAACCAAGAUAGACGACAGCGAGGUCACGGUGGAGAGAGUCAAAUUCGAGAUGAAAGGGGAGAAGUACGAUGCCAAAUUGAAGCCAAAGAAGUUGCGGAAAAAGGAACUGGAAGUUCUCAAGAAGAAGCAUGAAAAGUAUUUAGCGUGGGAAGUGGACCAAUUACGCGGAGAAAGGGCCAAAAGGGACAAAGAGAUUGUAGUGAAGAACCUGUUUGUUUCCAAGGAGUUCGACAAGGACGCAUCCUUGAUCCUCGAGUAAUCAGAUCGACUAAGAGAACAAUGUGCCAAGUUUGGGUCCGUCAAGAAGGUUACAGUAUACGACAAGCACCCUGAGGGCGUGGUUUAAGUGUCCUUGUAGUCGCCCGAGGAGGAUAGUAUGAUCUGAAUGGUCAAGGAGACCAAAGAAGAGGAGGAAGCCCGAUGAGGAGAAGUUCCUUCUGGAAAGUGAGGAAAAGUAUGGUGAAAAGGAAGAGUAACUCAAAAAGAAAACAUUCUGAAUCACCUUUAACAGUUUCUCAACCGCAGACAUUGUUCAUCAGUCUUGGCAAAUCAAUCCUCUAAUCUAGCCAAGUGUUAUUUUUUGUGUGGAACAUAAAUUCCUUGUGACGCAAAGCAUCCGUUGCUCUUGAUAAUUGAAAGCGUUCCAAAGCACAAAUAAAAGGAAAUAUAAAUAUUUUCCAAGUGUAUAGCAAGUCAUAAAGAUACUUCAAUUUCUUUUCAGAAGUUGCAUGGAGGGGACAUUGAUUAAAAAUGGGAAACCGUCCCUGGGAUUGGCCCUACUGGUCAUUAUCAUUCUAAGCUGUGCAUGCGAGCCAAGUCAGGGCCUCGCCAUGGCGGCAAAAUAUCACUUUAUGAAAGAUGAUCUAUCUCUUGAUGUGAGUCAAUUUCACGCCAAAAAUGGCGAAGCCAGUUUAUCUUUCGAAACAGUACUACAACUUUUACAAGAUGACCCAGAUUUUGUGUCAGCCUUUUUGGAAGUUCU